AUGACGUCUGCCUUGAGUCACUUAAGUUCGCUGGAUCCCGCUGAGCUGGCUCACAUCCCCGCAGGAACCCCACCAGCAGGCCAAGAGUCGAAUCUUGUUGACCCGAAAUCAGAGGGUUACCUUUUCCUGGUAGUCGGCAGUUUGGUUAUGGGUAUCAUGUAUAUCACUGUUGGCAUGAGUCUUUAUGUCAAGAUUAAGAUCCGGAAACGGAUGGCUCCUGACGAUUGGACCAGACUAAUAUCCACGCUUGGAGCUACCUUCUAUUUUAUCACCUGUCUAUUUGCGAUUGUCAAGGCCAGGUUUGGCACACACAUGUGGGAUCUGUCGGUCGCCCAUAUUUUGAGUGAUCCUUUCAUCAUUACCGCUUACUUCUCGAAUUGGCAAACAGCCCUCGUGUGGCCAGUUGUCAAGACCACUUUCUUCCUCAUCUACCUCGACAUGUUCCGAACAGUUCUAUGGCAACGUUACGCCAUUUACUUCGGACUAUUCGUUAACUGGGCUUUCUACAUAUCCGUCUUCAUCGCCACCCUAUACUAUAUCAGUCCGGCACCGGGCCAGUCGUGGCAGGCCUCAUUUGUGUCAAACCGGUACAACGAGUCUCUACACAUCUCGAUUCCUAUAGCUGUAGGAAGUCUCAUCCUUGAUAUAUACCUUCUGCUACUGCCAAUGGCACCUAUCUGGAAUCUACAGCUGAAAAUGAGCAAAAAGCUCGGAGUGAUGGCCGUAUUCGCGACAGGAGUGGUUGCUUGCGUUGCGUCCUCGCUAAGUAUCUACUUCAAGACCGUGUUGAACUCGCAUGAGUCCGACUUCAGUUACUACAGCCUCAAGGUCUUCAUCAUGGCGAUUGUGGAGAUGUGCGUGGGAAUCACUGCUAGCUCCAUGCCAUCAAUGGCUCUAUUCUUCCGCCACCAUGGCCCACAUAUAACACGCUUCUUUUCCCGCCUUACCCGCUCGUCCGCAGCCUCAUACCACAGACGCUCGAAGACUUCAGAUGGUCACUCCCUCGAAAUGCAGGUUUCCGACCGGUGGCCAUUGAAGAAUGUCGCCCCAUCAAACAAGAAUCGAUACAAUGGCGUGAAGGAGUUGGAAGAUGAUGACAGCGAUGGUGGCGAUUCCGGUGCUGUUGGAAACUAUCCUCAUGUGGAGACGAGGAGCCCAGAAGCACAGGUUUAA